AAGCACCAGUCACAUGGAGCCCCGGCCGCCGGGUGGGGAUGUGGUGCUCGCCUGCGUGCACUCGCCGUGCUCACUGGUGGUGCAGCGGGUCCGUGCGGAGAAGGUCCGCGUCGUGGAGAGGCCACGACGGGUCCGUGCGGAGGAGGUCCGCGUCGUGGAGAGGCCACGAGCUGCUCGCACGACCGGAAUCGGCCGAAACCAAGCGCUGGCCAGACCCCUUCUCCGAUCCCGACCCCGCCCCUCCCUGGAGUAG